AUGGGUGUCCUCGAUAUUGUUCCCGCUGGUGUCCUUACCGGCGACAACGUCCGCAAGCUCUUCCAGUAUGCAAAGGAAAAUCAGUUUGCCAUCCCCGCUAUCAACGUCACUUCCUCAUCAACCGCCAACGCUGUUCUCGAGGCUGCCCGGGACAUCAAGUCCCCCAUCAUCAUCCAGGUUUCUCAGGGCGGCGCUGCCUACUUUGCAGGCAAGGGCCUCCCCAACGACAAGCAGCAGGCCUCCAUCGCUGGCGCUGUCGCUGCCGCCCACCAUGUCCGCGUCGUCGCCAAGGACUACGGCGUCCCCGUUGUACUCCACUCGGACCACUGCGCCCACAAGCUCCUUCCCUGGUUCGACGGCAUGCUCGCCGCCGACGAAGAGUAUUUCAAGCACCACCAGGAGCCGCUCUUCUCCUCCCACAUGCUCGACCUCUCCGAAGAGUCCAAGGCGGACAACAUCGCCACCUGCGUCCGCUAUUUCAAGCGCAUGGCCCCCAUCGGCCUCUGGCUCGAGAUGGAGAUCGGCAUCACCGGCGGUGAAGAGGACGGCGUCGAUAACACCGGCGUAGACAACAGCAAGCUCUACACCCAGCCCGAGGACAUCUGGGACGUCUACACCGGCCUCUCCGCCGUCGGCCCCAAUUUCAGCAUUGCCGCCGCCUUUGGCAACGUUCACGGCGUGUACAAGCCCGGCAACGUCCGCCUCCACCCCGAGCUGCUCCAGAAGCACCAGCUAUACGCUGAACAGAAGCUCGCGAAGAAGAAGCCGCUCUUCCUGGUGUUCCACGGCGGCUCCGGUUCCACCAAGGAGGAUAUCAAGACUGGCGUCCAGAACGGCGUCGUCAAGAUGAACGUCGACACCGACACGCAGUUCGCCUAUCUCUCUGGCAUUAGAGACUUCAUCCAGAACAAGUCUGGCUACCUCCAGACGCAGGUCGGCAACCCCGAGGGCGCAGACAAGCCCAACAAGAAGUACUACGAUCCACGUGUGUGGGUACGUGAGGGCGAGAAGACGCUCUCCGCCCGCGUCAAGGAAGCGUGCACGGACCUCGGGAACGUCAACCGCCUGUAG